UCUAGGGUUUUUGGUUCUCCACAAACAGUAGCCCAAGGCAAAAGCAAAAAUGAAGACUAUACUUUCAUCAGAAGCCAUGGAUAUCCCAGAUGGGAUAAAUAUCAAAGUAAAAGCAAAGCAAAUAGAAGUUGAAGGACCAAGAGGAAAACUCACAAGAAACUUCAAGCAUUUGAAUCUUGAUUUUCAGCUUAUAAAAGAUGAAGAAACUGGAAAGAGAAAGCUUAAGAUUGAAGCUUGGUUUGGUUCAAGAAAGACUACUGCUGCUAUUAGGACAGCACUUAGUCAUGUUCAGAAUUUGAUUACUGGUGUUACUAAAGGGUAUAGAUACAAGAUGAGAUUUGUGUAUGCACAUUUUCCUAUCAAUGCUUCUAUUACUGGUGGGAAUAAGUCUAUUGAGAUAAGGAACUUUCUUGGAGAGAAAAGGGUGAGGAAAGUUGAUAUGCUUGAUGGGGUUACAGUUGUCCGCUCUGAUAAAGUCAAGGAUGAAUUGGUAUUGGAUGGAAGUGACAUCGAACUCGUCUCUCGGUCUGCUGCCCUCAUUAACCAAAAAUGCCAUGUGAAAAACAAAGAUAUCCGUAAGUUUCUGGAUGGUAUCUAUGUCAGCGAGAAGGGAAGAAUAGCUGAAGAAGAAUAAGUAUUAACAAACUGGUUCUGGGAUCAUUUGCUGAUUUCAUAUGAAAACAUUUGAAGUUUAAUCAACAAUUUUGGUUAUUAAGGUUUUCUUGAAGUAGUAUCCGUGAAGAGUAACUAGAUGUUUUUUUGUGUAUGGAUCAUUAAGGAGAGAUGAAUGCUUUCUUUGGACUGUUUAUUUAUCUUCAGAUCAAUUUCAAUGCCUGU